CCUUCCUCCCCCUUCCCCGCUGGCGCAGGCUCCGGCUCGCCUCGGAGCCGCCACCACCACCACCGCCAGCACCGCCACCGCCACCACGCCGGGCCCGAGGUGGGGCCGGGCCGGCUGCGGGCUGUGCGCUGCGGGGCGGGGCGGGAGGCGGGCGGGCAGCCCUGCGGGAGCCCUGACGGGAGCGCCGCGCUGCUCGCCGCCCGUCUCCGCGCUGCCGCAAGGAUUCUGCUGCUUCCAUUAGCAAGCCGUACUAUCAGCCCUCCUUCCUCACUGUGACUGCUCAAGGGGAUGGUAACGCAGCUGUUUGGUAGGACUGGAGGGGGUGGUUUCAGUGGCAGGGGGAAUGCAUAUAAGGAGCAGUGAGAUGAAGAAACCUCUGUGACGUUCGUGCCAAGGAGACUUUGGCUAGUGGGGAAUCUCCUUCCAGAACAGACUGCAACCACUCUCUUCCCCUGAAAUAGCUGCACAGGGUGAACAAGCUAUGAUAGUAUUCCUAACUCUCUGACUGAAUUCGAAGGGCGUUUUUUCCUCAUUGCCCAGCGCAGUGUGGGACUGGUUGUCACAAAAUGAUGCCGUGCAUAAAAACUGCUUAGAAUUUUCAUACAAUAACAGGAAAACCAGAACAGCUUUUCAGGCUGUCGAGGUGCGAUAUCCAUACCAGGAAGAGGUUUAGGUUCUCACCGACAGCAUCUGCCAGGGGAGAAGGAAGCAGGUGCAGGCUGGCCUGCGGAGGCUCAGUGCUCUGCGCUGCUCCCCGCAGGUGAUGGGCGUAGUGGUGUGGCCGAGAGCCGUCCCCUGCGGCGCUGUGCAGGGCCGGAGCAGCUAGCCUGGCCGUGGCGGAGGGCGGCUCCAUGGAGGGCAGCGGCGCAGUGGAGGAGGAGGAGAGCGGGGUUGGGCCCAGCACCCCACCUCUCACCCUGGCCUCCCCCUGCAGCUUCAGCUCCUCCCUGUGCUUCAGCGCUGCUGCCACCGAGUGCGGGGCCCCACCACCAGCCUCUACUGAUGGCCGCGUGGUGGAGAGCCAGUGGGAGAUCAACAGCGCGGCCUCUGAGUCGGAGGAGGAGGAGGCCACCAAUGCACAGGGGACACCGUCGGGCACGCAGCCCAUAGGGCGGCCGGUGGAGGAGCCCGACCUGGUGAUCGAGGUGUCAGGGCAGCGCAUCCGGGCUCACAAGUCGGUGCUGGCAGCCAAGAGCGACUAUUUCCGUGCUCGCGCCUCGCGGGACAUCCUGCGGGUGAAGGGGGUGAGCUACGGGGCGCUGCGGCUCCUCAUUGACUAUGUCUACACCGCCCGCAUGGGCGAGGUGCGCCACGACAACCUGGCCGAGGUGGUGAGCGGGGCCCGCGUCCUCCAGAUGCCCUGCGCCCUGCACUGCGCCGCCGAGGCCAUGCGUGCCCAGCUCCGCCUCGACAACUGCUACCAGCUGCUGUGCCUGGCAAAGAAGCAGCGGCUGGCGGAGCUGCGGGAGGCUGCCUACCGCUUCAUGAGCGACCACUACCUGGAGGUGCUGCGAGAGCCGGGUGUCUACGGCCGCCUCAGCGGUGCUGAGAGGGACCUCAUUCUGCAGCGGCGGCUGGAGGCCGGCCGGCGCUGCCUCUUGGUGGCUGAGGUCAGCGAUGCCUUCGAGCGGCCAGGUGGCAGCAGCCGGCCCCAGAGCCGCGAGAGCAGCCGCCCGCAGAGCCCCUCCUCUGUGGUGUCGCUGGAGGAGAGCGGCUCCCUCAUCCACUGCUACCACGAGGCCAGCCGCGAGUGGAGGGUGCUGACGCACCUGCCCGAGGAGGCCAACGCCAAGGGCUGCGCCAUGUGCGUCCUCCACAACUACCUCUUCCUGGCGGGGGGCAUUGCGGCAGGGCCGGCGGGCAGCGAGCCCCGGGCCCGCCUCUCCGACAAGGUCUUCUGCUACAACCCCCUCACCAACACGUGGAGCCAGGUGCGCCCGCUGGCGCAGCCCCGCUCACAGCUCAAGCUGCUGGCUCUGGACGGCUACCUCUAUGCUGUGGGGGGCGAGUGCCUCUUCACCGUGGAGAAGUACGACCCGCGGGCUGACCGCUGGAGCCCCGUGGCGCCUCUGCCCAAGGGUGCCUUCGCCGUGGCUCACGAGGCCACCACCUGCAAUGGGGAGAUCUACGUCUCGGGGGGGUCCCUCUUCUACCGCCUGCUCAAAUACGACCCCAAGCGCGACGAGUGGCAGGAGUGCCCUUACAACAGCAGCCGCCGGCGCUCUGCUGACAUGGUGGCCUUCAAGAACUUCAUCUACCGCUUCGAUGUCAGCAGUGGCCGCGGUGGAGAGCAGGGCCCAGGCGGUGGGACCAGCGGUGGCGUGGAAGUUUUUCGGUACAACACGGUGGCCAAACGCUGGAGCCAGUGUGCCAGCCUGCGGCCUAGUGGUGGCCCCGUCCAGCCCUUCCGCUGCGCUGCCUUGGGCAACACCAUCUACUGCGUCAACCGGACCGGCACCCUCCGCUUCUGCUUAGCCCAGGAUGGCGAGGUGGAGGCGGAUGGCGGGCUCAAGGGCACCUUCGAUGGGGAGCUUCUCAAAGCUCCAUUUGAUGCCAAGGGCGUCCUCCUACCCUUCGUGCUUACCCUGCCAGAGAAGCUGGAGAAAGCAGGGGACCAAGAGGGCUCUCUCCCACUGUGAGGUGGCCAGCCUAUCUCUGGGCUGCUAAACAGGGCGCUGGAUUGCAGCUUCUGCGGGACCCACAAACUCCCUCCCGCAGAGGGGACCCCCCUCCUGCAUGUCUGCAGAGAGAAGGGGCUCCCCCUGUCCUCCUCUCCCCUCCCAAGGUGUUGGUCUGGAACCGUUUGGUUGUUACUUGGUCCUAACUCUUUAACGUUUGCUGUGCUUUGUGCGAAAAGCCGAGCAAACAAAAGGAAAAGCUGCUAUAAAGGAUAAUCUCUGGAUUACAUUUGUGCCAAUUCCUGACGUCAGAAAACUUCUGUACACCUGGAUUUCUAAAAAUUCCUGACAACAGUGUCAUAACAAGAUGUUAGUGUUGGCUAUGUGUGUGCACAUAGUUGUAAUCGGGGCUGGAGCCUUUUCUGCCUUUUGUUUUCUUUUCUCCCCUGGAUGAUACCAAGGGACAAACACUGCUGGCAGCAUAGCUUAGCUGUAUUCAUUUUUACGUUAAACCAACUAUUUCCGGUGUUAGGGAAGUACAGGAAGAUCGUCUCAAUGGCAGCCUUUUGUUGGUGGUGCAAUAGAUUGUUUGAGGAAGACAUGGCACUGUGUGGUCCCUGGAAUUUCAACCACAGAUAUUUAACAGAUACCAGACUGAAAGGUUUUAAGCAACACAAAUGUGUGCCACAUGUUCAUAUUUGGAAUAUACAAAGAAAAAAAAAAGUAAGGGGGCAAGCUACCUUUUUAAAAUGUGGCAUGUUAUAGCAGAUAUGAAAUGUCGAUAUGUUCUUUAUUUGAAAAAGGCAAUGGUUUCUAUAUAAAAAUACAUUGUUUUAUUACUUUUUUAUCAGAGAUUUUAAAUUAUAGCAAAGAUGGACUGAAGCUGUUCGGACUGUAACAGAUUGACAUGAGCAUGUAUACCACUAGAGCUGGGGGAAAUAUUUUGUACUUCAACUGCUCUUUAAUUAACUGCAGGUCGAGGAAAAUUAACCCAAACCAAAUGUAAAUGCUUUGAAACCAUCUGUAGACAGCUUAAAUGUUUUGCUCUAUGUUCAGUACCUGGUGACAAGAGGCUUUUCCAACUUGGUGCAAGACCAUCAAAGGGGGACACGGAAAACAGGAAUGUCCUACACAUGUUGAUUUUAUUGUGCACUGGCAUGGUGUUAUUUCCCUGUCUUUUGAUUGAGAGACUGCUUUAUUUAUUCUGAUUGAUUGCUGUAAUCAAUAAGCCCUUGUCGACUGCAGAACAUGCUGAUGGCACAUGCUGUCAUGGGAUUAUGCUGUUUGUGGAGCAGCGUCCUAAGGAGACACAACCCAAGAGGGGUUCUUCCUGCCUGUGGAAAGUUGGAGCAUACUUUUUUUGUCAUGUAACUUGGAACUGGAAAAGUGUAAACUGUCUCCACAGACAAACUAUAUUGAAAGGGCACUUGCAUUUAUUUUAUACACUUUAUAUAUAUAAAAAAAAUCGAUAGGAAGACAAAGCAAAUGUUUUAGCUUUACAGUAAACCACUGAGAAACCUUUUCUGAAAAACAGAACCAAUGUUUUUCCUAUUAGUGAUUCCGCCUGGAAUUGGCAUGGACUAUGGAAGGGAAUUGUUUAUAUUCAAAGUUCUAGUAGAGAUGCAUAUUUUAGAGAGACAUAGGGACCUUACAUCAAAGAGCAGCAGAUCUUUUUAUGUUUUAUUAAGAUGUUUCCAUUACCAGAACAUUAACAUUCUUAUAUGUUAUUGCUAGUUCCAAAGGAAGGCAGCAGGCUCUGUCCUAAGAGACACUUUCACAGAGGACAAUAGUGAAGCUUAUACAUACUUCUUUCUUCCCCUUCCCUUCUCUCCCCUUCCCUUUCUAUUUUUUUUUUUUUUUCCCCAUCUGUCCUGCACGGAGGUUUUAAUACAGCUGAUCCGAUUAGCCAUCCUUUAGCAAACAGUGAUUCGGUCCUAAAAGUUCUUAGCCAAGCAAGCCUGUUCCCUAGUGAGCUAAUUUAAGCAUCGCCCAGGUGGGAGCUGCAGGCCUGCCGUGUGAUGUUUAUCCUGGCCUUAGUACAGGUUGGUGCAGUGGAAUUCAAUGCCACAGAUGGCAUAUUCAUCAGCAAUUCACAAAUAAACUUUUUUUUUUUUUUUUUUUCAUUGAAUGAUGGACUUAAUUCUCAGACAAGAAUCCUUGGAACUAUUGACUCAACGAAAUUACAGCAUUGUAGCUUGAGCAGGAGAGAAAAAUGAUGUAUUUGCCUUCAGCAUCAUUUUUUAUGUUAGCUGUAGAAAGUAUUUCAAGCCAUGUAGUGAAACACUUAGGUGGAUUCUUAAAGGCAUAAGCACUAGGCCAAAUUUUGAAUUAGUGGAGUCACCAGAAACACACAUGGAAAUGUCAGUUUUAUCUUAGAGUACAAUAAAAUUUACUAGUCCAAAAUAAUUUGUAGUAUAGUUUUUAUACUACAGCAUAGUAAGGAAUCAAGCCAGCUUUUUCACUCCUAUUAACUAAUCAUUAAGUGAGAUUUUCAUUCCUGUUAAUGCAUGAAGAUGCUGCUAAAUGAGUUUUGGGAAGUCUCCAUGAUUUGAGCUGCAAAAUUAUGCCACAAACUCUGAGGAAGGAAUGAAACAUGUCCUUUCUUCCAAAACUUAUUGCUAUAUUCCAUGAGGAAAUACUUUGGGAAAUGGUUUUUGCAGUACAAAGCAUUCUACAAACCUGCCAUGGUUUGUAUUUUUGCUAGCUUACAUCUUUAGCAGAGGUUGCAUCAAGUGCCUACCCACUUGUGCUGUUUACAUAGCGUGAGAGCAGAGCCUGGCCUCCAUCAGCAGCUGUCCAUUGAGGCUGUUUCCUCUGUGCCCUCUUUGCAUGCUUGCAGCCUGCUGACCGACAGCAGCACCAUGUUUCUGGCCACGUUUCCUACUUUCUGGCCUCUGUUUCCUCUCUGGUAAGCCUGAGGCAGGUUUGCUGUGAAUUUGUUCGGUUUUUCCUGCCACUUGCAUCUUCAAUGCAGCCAAAAAAAGUAGUACUUGGGUACUAAAACCAGAAUUUAGGCAGACUUCAUGCACUGAAGACCAAAAUUACCAUCCCAGAGCUCUCCAUUUUAACUUAAACUGAACAGCCCCUGUCCCUUUGGCUUACAGAGGUGCCCAGCACACCCCUCUCUGUGCAUCCACCACUGCUCGUGUCCGAGCAGCUGCGCACCUACCUAGCUACUGCCCCAACUCCUCUGAAAUUAGGUGACGUGAUAGCCAGGAGCCACCAUUGUAAUAUGUUUGCUUGUAUGGUCAAAACUGAAGUGCCAGGCCACCCUCAAACUGUUUGCAUAUGUUUCGCUUUUAAACCAGUUAUUUUAUGUAAUUGCCUGAAGGCUACCGCAUUUGCAUGGGAACACGGAGACAGUGUUUGCUUUCUUAGCCUGCAGUGAUUUCAUCCACGUCUCUAGAGGAGUGCAGGACCUCGUGGACUUCAUCUCUGAUCUUCAAAUAUUUACAUAUUUUGUAUUAUGCAUUAAUUGGCUAAAAAUCUCACAAAUUAUCCAGGUUGGUGAAUUCAACCCUCCAUAUUCACUUAAUGAUCUGAGACUAGGUGGAGAGACGUAUUCCUCUCUGCUGUUCUCCAUUAAUCUCACAGUCCCCUUCUUUACCUUUAUCAGGACACGUAGAAAAUAUUUUUUGUGCUUCCUCCUCCCUAGGGCACUCCUGUUUUCAGGAUCAUCUGCCAAAGGACUUAGGCUUGAAUUUGCUUGAGGAAACUCAGCUCUGUCCAAUGUCAAACCUGGAUGACAUUGUUCUUCUGAUAUUGAAUAUUGGACCACAUUGUAUAGCUCUUUUCCAGGGACGAACCUCAUGUAAAUCCUUCAGCAGCACGCACAGGCUCCUGCACCCUGAGCUGUGGGUAUUUGGCUGUAUUUUGGUUUGCCACUCUGAGGUGAGGGGCUGGAUGCCCGGUACCAGCAGACCAAGCAGGUAAUUAGGGUUUCUCUUGGGGGCGAUGCUGUGGUAAAGAGGCAUUGCGCUGCCUGACGUGGAAAUUCCUAGGGCCUUCAUCGCAUCUAAAGCUAAAUCCCUGCUUGAACAAAGAAACAAGCAGCCUUAGCAAAUGCUAAUAACAGAUGGAAAUGUAUUAUUUCCAUCUAUUAACUGGUUCUGUAAAAAGAAUGUUAAUUGCAGCAAAGCCAUUUGUACAAAUUCUGUUUACACUUGGAAAACAAGUCAAAGGAAUAAUUGGCAAAAGAAUGGCCCUAUUUGAUCAAAACAGGCACUGUUCACCAACAUGGGAAGGAUGCUAAUCAUACCCUACUAAGGAAUGAAAUUGUGCAGUAGUGGAUGUAAAUUCUAUCCAGAAAAAAAAAAAAAUCUUUGUAAAUAAGUAACUGGUAAAAUUUAAAGAGAUAAAAGAAUAAAUUAUUCAUAUGAAAGCUGGAACUCUCCUGUGCUGUUUGGUUGGCUCUCAGAGCGUUGUAUCCCAAGUAUCGCUAUUCAUGAGUGGCCUGUUGCUGUUCUUGCUUUGUGGUAGCCAUCCCAUUGACUGCUCCACAGAUGGGUUACCCUUUAUUAUCACAAAGCUUAACCGUGGUACCGGGGUGAUUUGCUUUGUGUCCGGACUGACAUGUAGUGCUUUCUACUUGAAUGAACCCAGAAAACUUAGAAUUAUCUUUCCCUGGGCUUUUUUUUUUUUUUUUUUUUUUUUUUUUUCAGUGCCAUUACUCUUGGGAAACCUAAGAAAGCACAAGGGAAAUGGUAGUACCAAUGAGCAGUUGUAGUAACAAGCAUUUAAUGAUUUAUUUUUGUGUGCGUCUGCCAUUAUUCGGCACCUCAGACUCACCCUAGGCUGAACAAGAGCGUCUCUGUGUAGCUGUUACCAGUUUGAUCCUAAGCACCACUGCAACAAAGUGUGUUUUUAUUUAAGUAUAUUUCUGGCUCAGCUCCUACCCUGAGAUAAUUUAAUGGAAGUUUGUAAUAGUUCCCUAAAUUGGUAGAUUAAUGGAACUAUUCUGAAUUUACAUUACAGCUCCUAAAAGCAGAGAUUGACACCCAAAUUCAGUAAAAUUGUGCGCUCAGAAUAUAUAAUGGCAGACUUUUCAUUUGUUUUGGCCUAAUGAAUGCUGUUUUAAGAGCUGCUGGAAUGAACCCAUCAGUACGAGGAAGCAGCAGGCCAUUUUGGAGGCUCUCUGGGCUUCAUAAAUUACUCAGUGGGAGGAAAUGGGAGUGUGGGGCAGAGGGAGAGAGAAGGAGAAACGAUUUGGGAGACAAAACCACCUACUAUAUAUUCAGUAGAAACAAAUAAAUAGCGGGGAAGGAAACCAGAGGCGUACUUGAGACAGUGAUGACUACAUGACCAAUUUUUUUCAACUAUUUGUUAAGCAGACUGGGUUUUUACCACAUUUUUACUACAUUAUUAUUAGUCUUAUCAUUUUGCACCUGCAGUACAUCUCAAACAACCACAGUGUUUAAUAAGCUACUUUUUUGCAGGAGUCUUGUGCUUUGCAUUUAAGUCUUACUGGAUAAACCUUUGACGAAUUUGUGAAACUAUAAAAUAGCAAUGUUGAUACUGCCACUUAAAACGGAUUAACUAAUGCAAAUGCUUUACUUUAGACACUGUUCACUAUUCAGGUGACUUACAUGUGUAACUGAUGUAUUAACAGUUCAUUUUUGAAGUAUAUAUAGGUAAGGUCACUGUAAAGCUUUUUAUGUACUCCAACUUGUGCUGUAAUGAAAUAAAUACAUACGAAAAGCUUAUGCUCCCCCGUAGGGA